UCAACGAUGUCUACUCACACCAGCGUUCUUCUUCUCAUCACUCUUUGGGCUGCCAUGGAGGACGGUCUGGGUCUUCCGCUGAUGAAGCGGCCAGAAGUGGAGGUCGGUGACGGUGUCCCAACGCAGAGAGUGAGGGCCAAGCGCUGCGCCUGCAGCAGCCGGCUGGACUCUGAGUGCCACUACUUCUGCCACCUGGAUAUCAUCUGGGUCAACACGCCCAGUAUGACGACACUUUAUGGUCUAGGCGGCGCUCUGGCCCGACGCAGAAGGUCCAUUGGCCGCUGCACCUGUGCAAACCUUGAUGAUGAUAACUGUACCAACUUCUGCCAUCACAGUCCUGAAGUCACGUACCCAGACAGAUCUGGAAAGAGAAGUCAACUCGACGUACUCAGCAUCCUAAGAGCUGCGGCCGGCAAGUCCAAGAGAGCGCACGCUUCACCUGAUGACAGAGAUGAUGAGUCCUCUCAGAGGACGAGCACUCGCUAA